UCUCAAUCCCUGUGUUCAUGUAGCGGCGAUUUCUCAAAUUUGGCUACAUAUUUUUCCACCGGCUACCUCUAACUCGAGUGUCUAGGCUGUGAAAGAGGGAAUCCUUGCAGUUAAGAAGAAAAACUCUUAUAAAGACCGAGAUCGCAAAUAGCACUGGGACAGGAAACACUGGGAAGUCUCGUGACUAUCAUAUCGCAGUAAAGCCGUGGGUUAAGUGACGAGUCCAUGUGAGAGGAGAGAGCCAACUUGACGGCAAAUUCCUUAUCAAAUACCGAGGUGGGUAUUUGACUUCAAGAUGAGAAGAGGUCCGGCAUUUGGUUUAAUAAUUUUCGUCACGGUUGUUGUGGCAACUGGAAUCUUCCUUGCCUACUGGUUUACAAGAAAUCAAUCAUGGGAAGAACAUCCCUCCGGAUAUCCCGACUCCCUCGGCGGACCGUAUAAGCACGCAAGCGUGGCAUCAGACGCCGGCCCUUGCUCGCGCAUCGGGAAGAACAUUCUUCAGCAAAACGGUUCGGCCGUGGACUCCGCGAUAGCCACGAUGCUAUGUGUCGGAGUUGUCAAUUUACAUUCGACGGGAAUCGGAGGCGGUGGAUUCAUGCUCGUGUACAAUGGGAGUGGUCGAAUCGCCGAGGUGUUUGAUUUUAGAGAAACUGCUCCAGCCGCAGCGACAAAGGACAUGUUCAAGAAUGCAAGUUACGAAGAAUUGAACAGUACACUGGCCACAGGCAUCCCAGGUGAAGUGCGCGGUUAUCACGCGGCCUGGAAGGCGUAUGGGCGGUUGCCAUGGACACAGCUGGUGCAACCAGCAAUAAAUCAAGCAAAGUAUGGUUUCCUUAUAUAUCCGUCACUUUACUUGGCGAUUUUAAAAAAAGAAGAAGACAUUAGGAAAGAUCCAGGACUGAGACAACUUUUUGUUGAUAAGAAAGGAAACCUAAGACAAUUAGGCGACAAUAUCACCAACCUGCCAUACGCGAGAUCCCUCGAAGUGAUACGAGACAAUCCUGAGAGCUUUUACAACGGAUCUUUGGCCAACAAGAUCGUCCGAGACAUUAGAAAGCGAGGCGGAAUCAUCACUUUGCAGGACCUGAGAGAUUACAAAGUCAUCAGAAGAAAGGCGAUUAUCAACCAAUUGGAUGAUAUGAAGUGGUAUACGGCUCCUCCACCCGCCAGCGGUCCUGUGAUAACUCUCAUAUUGAACAUUCUGAAAGGUUAUAACAUGACUUCCGAGUCGCGUAAUUCAUUAACGUUUCAUCGUAUUAUUGAGGCCUUCAAGUUUGGAUUUGCUUGGAGAUCACGCCUUGGGGACCCGGCCUUUAACGUCCACAUGAAUGAAACAGUCUCCACGAUGACAAAUCAGACGUUUGCCGAGUUUUUGCGUCAAAAGAUUUGGGACAACCAAACUCACAGCAACGCUUCUUAUUACGGAAAGUUCCAGUUUGAAAGAGACCACGGUACUUCUCAUCUUUCUGUUUUGUCUCCGGACGGCGACGCUGUGGCUCUUACCUCGACCAUAAACUACUAUUUUGGGUGCAAAUUUCGUUCCACAUUAACUGGAAUAGUCUACAACAACGAGAUGGGUGACUUUUCUACACCAGACCACCUCAACCCAGAUGAGAUAAAACCGUCCAAAAGUAACUAUAUCAAGCCCGGAAAAAGACCUCAGUCCUCUAUAAGCCCUGUUAUUUUCACUGACGGAAGUGGUAGAGUGAAACUGGUAGCCGGCGCGUCUGGGGGACCACACAUUACAACAGCGGUUUCCCUCACGGUUGUGAACCAACUAUGGUUGUCACGUGGCAUUUCUAACGCUGUCAACGAUCCACGAGUCCAUCACCAGCUAUUUCCAAAUACGGUCAUUAUCGAAGAGCCUCCAUACACUAUUCCCCUAGGCAUUCAAGAUGGUUUAAGAGCCCGCAAACAUAACGUCACAAUGGAGAGUGAGUUUGCAGCAGUGCAGGCAGUAAUUCGAAAAAAAGAUGAAGAAAUCUUUGGGAAAAGUGAUCCGAGAAAGUAUGGAUGGCCAGACGGUUUCUAAACUGAUAAACAAACUUUGAUUUCCUCUGAUAGCACACCAGUUUUAAAGGUUUGUUUCUUUUUGACUUACCACCUGGCAAACAUUUUUAGCCGUUAGGGACAUUUCACGCUGCGCCAGAGAGGAUUGAUACAAAUGCCUAAAAUUGCAGAAUAUCUUUGUAAAAGUUUUAAGAUCUAUGAUGAUAAAAUUAAUUUAUUGCAACUCAGAUCACCACUCAUUCUUAUGCCUCUUGUCGGAGGACGUGGCCAAUCCUCAAAUAGCCGCUCCCCAGGCUCAGUUGAGUUGGCUGGCGUUUGUUAAUCUUCUUGACGCAUGUUACUCCUUUGAAGGUGCGGAACCGAAUGCAGCAAAUUCUUCACUUCUGCCCUUUACAUAGGAUCAAGUAUCUACAAACCAUUAAACCUAAAAUGCCACACAAGCCAUUCUAUCACAUAACGCAUUUUUCUCCCUCAAAACUUGCAAGUCAUGGAGAGGCAUAAAUAGAUUGUGCUCAAUAACUUUUGCCAGAGCAAUUUUUAGCGUUUUUAGCAACUUUUUGUAUUGCGAGCAACGGUCAGCAAUCUAGAACAACUUUUGCCUUCCUUGGCAACUUUUGAGUGAACAGAGUUAAAAACUGACCAAACCAUCAAAAAGAUCUUUAUCAAAAGGCUUUUUUUUAUCAAAACUGGUGAAAACUAAGGAUGUCGUACGUUCUUACAAAUAAUUCAUAAAAUAACACGUGCGCCCACAAACUGGACAGCAGCUAUCUAUCUAACGGGCGCCUACAUCCAGCGGUUAUUCGCUCCAACAAUAGAGCUUCCCGCGCGUGCGAGGCAUCACAAUUAGAAGCUGAAAUGUCUGACGAGGAAA